CACACUAACUUGUCACGCGUCACAUCACCUUUCCUCGAACGCGUCCAACGACACUCCUCAAGACAUCCUCCCCGCCAACAAAAACUAUUCAUCAUGGGUCGUAUGCACGCUCCCGGCAAGGGCAUUUCGUCCUCUGCCCUUCCUUACAAGCGCUCCCCUCCUUCAUGGCUCAAGACUACGCCCGAUGAAGUCGUCGAGCACAUCAUGAAAUUGGCUCGCAAGGGUCUCACUCCCUCUCAGAUCGGUGUUACCCUUCGUGACUCGCAUGGUAUCCCCCAACGAGUAAUUCCGCCAAACACUCAUGCACUGAAUCGCUCUCUGCCUUGUUGCCUUGCACUUCUGCUACUGCAUCUUGUUUUUAUACAUGCCUUUUGUUUGGGGAUAGGAUUGGCACCGUCCAUCCCAGAGGACCUUUGGCACCUCGUCAAAAAGGCGGUGGCCGUGCGUAAGCACCUCGAAGUCAACCGCAAGGACAAGGAUUCCAAGUUCCGUCUCAUCUUGAUCGAGUCUCGCAUUCACCGUCUUGCUCGUUACUACAAGACAAAGCAGCAGAUCCCUCCUACCUUCAAGUAUGACUCUGCUACCGCUUCCACUCUUGUUGCAUGAGCGAUAGUUAGACUUGGGCGAGUAGUGACUGUUGGGGCAGACCAUAACCGUAUACUAUCGUACAAUUCUUUGACUGAUGUCAUGCGCAAAAUUAGGCUUAUGCAACUCUAUGCACACACUGAGCACUAAAACGGAUUGUGGAAUCACAGAGUUUAAGUCGACCCUGGUA